AUGGUGUUCCUGUUUCCUGAAGGCAUGCGAGGUCCAGGAGGCCCACCGAUCUAUCCUGGGCUCUAUGCUGUAGUCGGUAAGCUACAAAAUGAAUUAUCUUUUGUUGUUUAUCAAUCACAUAAGUCUUGAGU